GGUGCUGAUAUCACUACGGAAGAUACUGUUUCCUGGUGUACAGGAAUCGUAACUCGUCGUGAUCGACGACGAAACAGAAGCGUGUGACGUUUCGACCAAUGAAGAUGAGGACGAAGCGUUGAAUGAGCAUAGACGAAGAAGCGAAACCGAUCAAUCAAAUUUUUUUACGAUUCGUAUUGCGAUUGAAAUUAUAUUAUCUGUUCAUUGUUACGCGUUCGAUGCUUUUCCGAGUUUCUUUCACGCAGUUCUUAUGAGUUGUAACGAGUUGAGUGGCGAACAGUGGGCUUUUUCAUUGAGUAGUAGUAUUACUUAGUCGAUCGACUGUCUAAUUUCGUUUCGCUACCGUGUGCUGUAACGAAACGAAAAAUCGUGUUGUACAUCAGAGGAUUCGAAGUUCAUUCGAAGAUUAAGAGAAUAUAUCGACUGCAAGUCCCAUGUUAGUUAUGAGUACUGAUAUUCGUUAUUAUACGUUUAAUAAAAAGAACAAUAAUCCACUGAAAAUAACGAAUCGUGCGUAGCGACUUCAUACUCCAAUCGACCAACUUCUCAUGCCUUUUACUUCUCGCACGGAACGAUUCGAUCGUUUCCCUUCAUAUCCUGGUUAAUAAAGAGAACUGUUAGAGACAAACGCACAGUACCGUUACUUCCGUUAUAGAUACGCACAGCGAUCUGGAAGAAGUUUCGACGAACGAUGUGAAGCACGUAUAACAUGUUGAAAAAUCACGUUGUUGAUUGCAGAGCUAUCCGGGUCGUAGAUUGGGCCUCGAAAUCCAUAGACUGCGGCGACCAGGCCACCAAGAUAUUCCAUUCGACUUGCGGAUCACCUUCGUCACCGGAACAGGAUCCAUUGGCAGAUUCACCGACAAAGAGGGACAGGAUUAUAAGAACGGAAGAUGGAGAACGGUACGUUUGUUCGGUUUGCAAACUGCAUUUUGGCAGAUCGAGAGAGUACAAGCGUCACAUGGUGAAGCACAGCGAUCUACGUCCAUAUCAAUGCGGAGUUUGCAACAAAACGUUCAAACGUUCCUCGGAACUGGCGAACCACAGGCACCUUCAUCGUGGCAUCGAGUACAAGUGCGAGGUAUGCGGGUACACCACGAACAACAAGUUUUCCGUAAGAACGCACUAUCGACGAGUCCAUCAGCGUGAUUUCCGCUACCGUUGCGACCAAUGUGAUAAAAGUUACAUGUCCAAUUGCGAACUGGAGGAUCAUAAGGCCAGUCACCUAGGCAAGAAGACGUUCGUCUGCGAACUCUGUGGGAACGCCUAUUUGCAGAAGUCCUACUUGGUGUCCCAUAAACGGGCGGUUCACAAGAUCCUAAAGAGAUCGGCGAAAAUAUUCCAGUGCGACGUUUGCAGCAAGACAUUCCCCAGUGAGCAAACUCUUCGUACUCACGCUAGUGUACACCAGAAGGAAUUUCUGUGCGCCCUGUGCGGCAACAAAUUCGCGACCAAUCAAGGCCUGAAGAUGCACAACCGGAGGCACACGGGAGAGAAACCGUAUGCGUGUAAAGUUUGUUCGAAAGCUUUUACCAGGUCGACUACGCUCAGAGUGCACGAGUUGACGCACACGGGAGAAAGACCGUACGUGUGUGAUCUAUGUGGACAGAAUUUCACUCAGAGAAGCAGCAUGAUGGUGCAUCGUAAAAAGCAUCCCGGAAAUCAUCCUCGGCCGCCACCUUUGAUACUGAACAAACCCGAGGAUGAUGAUAAUGACGAUGAACAUAUGUUAUAGUGUUUUUUGGGCAUCGAUGAUCAUUUGAAAGGAACUAGGAUAUACUGAAACGUGGGGACUCGAGUGACUUUUGAGAGAUUCGAUAAUGGAAUUGUGUGAGAUAUCGAAGAUCUCAGAGAAUUCCAAUUUCGCGUGUGUUUACGAACUCGUUUACGUUACGCUUCGCUCGACUGCAUUACGCUUCUAAGUUUUUCUUUCGUUCGCUAUUCCAGCAGUAAAUCUCGCAUUUUCGCAAAAUAAAUCCGGUCGUUUUACGUCAUUAAUUGGAUGAUCGUUCGAUUUGCCCCUUUGACGAGUGAUGAAUUAUUUGUCACGACAAUGAUAUUUUUAUAAUCGAAUAAAAGCUGCUUUACGUACCCGUAAAUCUGGAGUUUCACAAAGGGAGAU